UCCAAAUGACUAACCUAACAGAUGAUAAUGAAUGGACCUCAAAUUCAACAUUUUACGAUUACAUCCCAAUAGAAACAAAUUAUUGUAAUAUGGAUGAGACCUCCAGAUUCAGUGCUAUAUUUACUUGCAUCCUUUAUUUUCUGAUCUUCUUCUUCAGCUUGGUAGGAAAUAGCCUUGUUUUGUGGAUUGUGAUGAAAUAUGAAAACCUCAAAUCUUUAACAAACCUUUUCAUCCUGAACCUUUGCAUCACUGACUUGACCUUCUCAUGCACUCUGCCGUUCUGGAUUGUAUAUCAUUAUUAUGGAUGGAUUUUUGGUGAUUUUCUCUGCAAGGCAGUAAGUGCUAUCUUUUCUAUCAGCUACUAUGGUGGUAUCAUCUUUCUCACUAUCAUGACUAUUCUGCGGUACCUGGCUGUGGUUGAUCCCUUAUCAACCAUAAGAACACAGACCAAAAAAUGUAGCAUUCUGGUGAGCAUGGCCAUUUGGAGUAGCAGCAUAAUGGUUGCAAUACCUGAGAUCAUUUUUAUUGAAGUCAUUAUUGAUGAUCAUGGCAAACAACACUGUGAGUACGAAGAGGGAUUCAUCUGGAAAAUGAUAGAGAUGAGCCUGCAAGUAACAUUUUUCCUCCUGUCUUUUUUUAUUAUAGUAGCUUGUUACAUUGGGAUGCUUAAAAUUUUGCUUAGAUCAUGGUCUCAAAGGAAGUACAGAACUGUGAGACUCAUAUUUGCUAUUGUGGUGGUCUUUUUCCUGAGUUGGGCUCCUUACAAUGUAUUUAACUUUGUGUAUGUUUUGUCUAUUCAGCAUGUCAUCAAGACAGAAUGUCAAACUCGCAAUUAUAUUUUUUUUGCUUUUGAUAUCAGUCGCAAAAUAGCCUACUGUCACUGCUACAUUAACCCAAUCCUGUACGUCUUUGUUGGAGUGAAAUUCAGAAGGCACCUAAAACUCCUGUACAAGCAAUUGUCUCCUUGUCAUGGCAGAAUCUCUCCUUCCAGCCCAAGAAUGCAUUCAUUUCAUUUCAGUCCAUAUGAUGAUGCAUCCAUAUACUGAAGCAAAGAUUCCUGGACUGGAUGAAAUGCAAAGCAGGACAACCAAUAUGAGAAGCUAACCAGAAUAACUGACAAGCUCUUCAGAUAUGCGAAGUGCAUCUAGUCUUCCUGCUUGUUUUCACUGGAGUUUUCUGCCUUUCUAGCAAAACAAGAUUUUUUUCCCCAGACAAUCAGAAGUUUUCUAUUGAUUCAGCUUUUUUUCAGAUUAGAAAUGAAAGAUGCAUUCUGUUUUAUGUAAUGCCAAUAAAUAUGUGUGUUUUUAAGAUAAUGUAAUGGUAUUUUAAUCUUUCCAAUAUUAUAAUGAUUUACAAAUCAGUAUACUGUUAUGUAGAACUUGACAUGCCAAAGUUAUAAAUGUAUGUUGAAUGAGAAAAAUUAUGACUGUCCAAAGGCAUGAACUGCAUUUUCAUCUUAAUGGAUUUAAGGAAAGCACGAUGACAUAAGAAAUGGGAACACUGAAUGAAUAUAGGAUAGUUAUAAAUAGAAGAUAAUAAAUAGAACUCCCCUCCGCAAAUUCCAUUAAAAUUCAAUGAAAGAAAUAGAUUUGUUUCCAAAUGAGAAUUUUUUUCUUAAAGCUGUUUAAAAUAAAAUCGAUAAAGAAUUAAUCACAAAUAUACUGACAUGAUGUGCAAUUUACUGAUUUUUUAAUAGGCAUAUCCACCUGAAAACAUUAUAAUAUUUUUAAAUCAAUAUAGUUCUAAAUGUCCUCCGUGAUCCUAUAUACAUGACCAAUGGUCAUUGACCAUUCUUGAAUCCAUAAUAAUUAUAUAUUUUAAAUUAUGCUUUUUAUUAUGAAUCUCAA